UCUGCAUGGAUAAUGCUGGCAUAUGUGGUAAAGCAAGAGGUUUAUGGUGCGCACAGAUAACCUUUGCAUGUCUGCUCGUCAAUACGUCUGUACGGAAUAAAAGUAUACGCCACGGCUAUGACGCUAUGGAGGUUGAAAUGGCCGACAUCAACUUACAAACUAAUGCGGAAGAUUUAGAUGAUAAGAAUAUAAGUGAAGACGAUGGGAAAAGAUUCUUAGAGAAGACGGCCAUGGCCGUUGACACCGACCAUGUCAAAGCAGAGACGGGGACCAGACGCGCAAGGCCGCUCCAUGAUCUGGUGUAUGGUCUGGAGGACAUGCCGCCCUGGUAUACCACUAUUCUGCUUGGUUUACAGCAUUUCAUGACGAACUUUGGAAGCAAUGUUUCGACAGCGUUCAUUCUGGCUCCAUACCUCUGCAUUUCUCACGACCCUGCUACCAUGGCAAAGAUCAUCGGUACCCUGUUCUUUAUCACUGGCGUAGUAACCGUCCUUCAGACAACCAUUGGAGUAAGGCUUCCUAUUAUCCAAGGAACAACAUUUGCCUUUUUGGUCCCGACAUUUUCGAUUCUGCGCAUACGAGGAGAAUGUCCCCCUGCACCCACAGAAAAUUCCACAAUGGCAGAGAUAGAUGCAGCAGAAGAGGAAUGGUUGUCGAGAAUAAGAGAGAUCCAGGGCGCCAUCAUGGUAGCGUCGUGCGUCCAGGUCAUUAUUGGAGCCACGGGAAUCGUUGGUAUCCUGCUGAAUUGCAUUGGUCCCCUCACUAUCACAACAACCAUCUCGCUGAUCGGCCUAUCUCUGCACAAGGCUGCAGCAGACAAGGCGGGAACGCACUGGGGUAUUGCCGUCAUGACCAUCGUCCUCAUCAUCCUAUUCUCACAAUACAUAUCCGAGAUUGGCGUACCAACUUUGAGCUACAACUCCCGAAGGAAGUGUCACGUGACCAGGUUUAAGCUCUUCAAACUGUUUCCGCUCAUUCUCGGUGUAGCUGUUUCCUGGCUGUUUUGCGCCGUAUUCACGGCCACCGACGUGUUCCCUGACGACCCUAGCGUGUAUGGAUAUGCCGCUCGAACCGAUCUGAACAGCAUGGUGCUGGAACGUGCGCCCUGGUUCCGAUUCCCAUAUCCAGGACAAUGGGGCACGCCAACCGUGACGCUCUCCGGUGUUCUUGGCAUCACAGCGGGCGUUUUUGCGUCGAUUGUUGAGUCCAUUGGUGACUAUUACGCUUGCGCCAGAAUGUCUGGUGCCCCAGCUCCUCCCCAGCAUGCUAUCAACAGGGGUAUAAUGAUAGAAGGCAUCGGGUGCAUACUGGCCGGCGCCUGGGGAUCCGGAAAUGGAACUACGUCACACAGCGAGAACAUCGGGGCCAUUGGACUCACCAAGGUCGGUAGUCGAGUGGUUGUUCAAGCGGCCGGAUGCAUCAUGAUAGUUACUGGACUGAUUGGAAAGAUUAGUGCUGUAUUCGCUACUAUACCAGAGCCUGUCGUUGGGGGCGUCCUCUGUAUCACUUUUGGUAUGGUGACAGCGGUGGGAUUGUCCAAUCUUCAGUUUGUUGAUCUCAACUCAUCCCGUAACCUCUUCGUUCUUGGCUUCUCUACCCUGAUGGGCCUCAUCGUGCCAUACUACUUUGAGGAAAACCCUGGACUCAUAAAAACAGGUUCUGUCGAGUUUGAUCAAAUCGUGACGGUGAUGUUCACAACUGGCAUGUUUGUGGGUGGAUUUCUGGCAAUUAUACUGGACAACACCAUCCCAGGUACAGACGAGGAGAGAGGACUUCUGUCCUGGCGAGAUAAUGUCACUGGUGACACACAGGACAGCAGCUACGAAGAUGAGAGUGCAGAAAACGAGGCAGAAACUGACGAAGAUGUGGAGAAAAAUUAUCUGGGUCUGACCGUGAUGAAUGGCGGGAGUGACGGAGUCGUCCCAAUAACAAACCGACCCACAGAAACCGCUCUACCACCGUGUUAUGAUCUACCCCUGGUUACGAGGUUCAUUCGUCGAUGGGCCUGGUGCCGUUACCUGCCCGUCAGCCCAACAUUCCAGGGAUUCAAAUUUGGCUGGAUUACUAAAUCCUGCAAGAAAAAGAAGCGCUAGACUGGAUCAAGUAUUUGCGAAAACAUAAUUUAAGUGUGAUCUGAAAAUUUCAGUUGAUGAUAGAGGUUCAGCAUUCUUCAAAUCUGAUAUCAAAUUUGAAUGCAAAAAUUUCCAGCUGACAACAGCUGCUUGUUUUUAGCAUGGAUGCUUGCUCGACUAUUUUCUGUUCAAAUUUUAGUUUAAGGCUUAAACUUGAAAGUUUAAGUGGGAAGUAACGUCGGUAAAUUAGCAACUGCGGUGGGAGCGGUGACCAGAGGGUAGGUGCUCAUUGAAUUGAUAUGUAUUUGUAAUUUUCACGAAUUAAGCCGAAUUGCUUGAGCGGGAUUGCUUUUUCGAAUUCAACGUUGAUGUGUGCAUGUACAGUUGAAACAUUGAUGCUCAUUGACCUGGAUUAUGUGCACACACUGGUAGGCACGUUCUAGCGAUCUAAUACACAAUGUAUUGAAUUGGAAAAAGACGAAAACCUCUUAAAACUUGUUGUGCCAAACUUAUCAAACUUUAACUUCUGGGCUACAAUUUCAAGACAAUACAUGAUUUGCAUAGCAGCUUCAUUGAGGAGAUGAUACCACUAGUUAACUGAAUGAGUUUAGCUUUUAUUCAUGAACGAUAUUAAUUUUAAUAAGACAAAUAUGGAUGUACACAACUCCUAUAUAUGGAUAUCGAAUAUUAACUGAACGUUUAUUUCAGCAUUAUUUUCAUCAUUAUCGGGUCAUUAUAUUACAUAAAGAAUAAAACGUUACGAAGACUGCUCUACGUGAAUUACAA